UUAGUUCUCCGGUUCUUACGGAAACUACACUCGGUGAAAAAUUUGACGGCCAUUUUGCUGUGUCAGCCACGUUGCUUGAGCACUCCGUGUAAAAGGAAAGCGUUCUAAUAGCGUUCGACGUGUUAUGCGAAUUUAAAGAUGUCUCGUUUCUAUCAAAGACCUGAAAAUGCUCUUAAGCGAGCAAAUGAAUUUAUUGAAGUGGGGAAGCCUAUCCGGGCCUUGGAUGCCCUGGCUGAAGUUAUCAAGAGCAAGAAAUAUCGAUCAACAACAUAUUCCGAAAAGAUAUUGGAACCCAUCAUGAUCAAGUACUUGGAGCUUUGCGUUGAUCUGAAGAAAGCAUACAUGGCUAAAGAAGGCUUAUUCCAAUAUCGUAAUAUGUGUCAAUCAGUGAAUGUUGCUUCUCUAGAAAAUGUAGUGCGAUUCUAUCUUAAUCUGGCAGAAGAAAAAACAGAAGCUGCUCGUCAAGAAUCCCAUCAAGCUGUUGUGGAUAUUGAUGAUUUAGACAAUGUUGCAACUCCUGAAAGUAUUUUACUAAGUGCUGUCAGUGGGGAAGAUGCUCAAGACAGGUCUGAUCGUGUGAUUUUGACACCAUGGGUCAAAUUUCUUUGGGAAUCUUACAGGCAGUGUUUGGAGUUACUUCGAACCAAUUCAAGAGUUGAAAAGUUGUAUCAUGACACUGCUCAGCAUGCAUUCAAGUUCUGCUUGAAGUAUGCUAGAAAAACUGAGUUUCGCAAGCUUUGUGAGAAUUUAAGAUCACAUCUUGCCCUAAUGGUUAAAGGAACCCCAUCUGUAACUGCUGUUAAUUUGAGCAAUCCUGAAACUCAGCAAAUGAAUUUGGAAACUAGGCUUUUACAGCUUGAUUUUGCAAUCCAAAUGGAACUGUGGCAAGAAGCAUACAAAGCCAUUGAAGACAUUCAUGGAUUGAUGAUUUUGGCCAAGAAGAUGCCGCGCCCGCAACAAAUGGCCCAAUAUUACCAAAAGAUUGCUCUUGUUUUCGGGAAGUCAGGAAAUCACCUAUUUCAUGCUGCAGCUCUGUUUCGUCUUUUCCAACUGUCACGCGACUUGAAAAAAAACAUUACGACUGAGGAGCUUCAGAAACUAGGAUCCCGCGUUCUUGUUGCCACCCUAGCAGUACCACUACCAUCUGCUCAUCCCGAGUUCGAUCGUUUCAUUGAAACGGAAAAAAGCUCAUUGGAAAAGACUCAAAAACUUGCUACUCUUCUUCAUUUGAAUCAGCCUCCUACCCGAAAUGGAUUAAUUAAAGAUUUGGUCAGACUUGGUGUGGUGGCAACAGCGAUGCCUCAGUUGCAGCAAUUGUACAAUUAUUUGGAAGUGGAAUUCGACCCGUUACAUUUGUGUAACAAGGUUAAAACUAUCUUGACGUUUAUGGCCGAUGUUGAAGAAACGUCUUAUUUGAGCCAAUACAUUCACGCCUUGGAAGAAAUAACACUCACGAGAUUGGUCAAACAAAUAGCUCAGCUCUAUUCUUCUAUUCGUUUCGAACGUUUGGUGCAGUUAGCUCCUUUCGCAUCCCCGUUUGACUUGGAACGCAUUGUCGUGAAUGCAGUCCGUCAUACUGAUAUGCAAAUAAGAAUCGAUCAUCGCAACAAUUGCCUCCAUUUCGGCACGGAACUAUUUGAAGCCCAAAGAGAAGAUUUGCCAGAAGGACCAACUCUACAGGCGAUGCCAUCCGAACAGAUCCGAACUCACCUUAUUUCAAUGUACUGCGUGCUUAACAAAGCGACAAUCGCUGUAGUUGGAAAUGCUCCUACCAAGGAAGAGAGGCAGAUGAAGGCCCAGAUUGCUGCUCUUUAUCACCAAAAUAAAGUGAGAGAUCAUCACCAACUUCUUAGUCGUCAAAAAAUUAUUGAAGAUCGUAAAGAAUACCUUGAGAAACUGAACACGGAACGUGAAGAAGAAGAAGGCCGUCGUCAAGAGGAACUGAUUAGGCAACAGCUGUUGGCAGAACAACGCCGACUUGAUGCUGAGCGCCAAGAACGAGAGAGGCUUCGUCAAGAAGCAGAACUCCGUCAAGUUCAAGCAAGGCACCUUAAGGAGAAAGUUGCCCAAUUUAGCCAGACCGCUAUUGGCCAAAAAGUUAUUAAAAAGAUGGAAGAUGAAGAUAUAUCAAAAUUAGACCCAGACGUGAUAAUGGCACGCCAGCUGGAAGAAUUAGAAAAAGAGAGGAAGGAGUUACAGACCAAGUUGAGGAGUCAGGAAAAAAAAGUUGACUUCUUGGAACGUGCUAAACGGAUUGAAGAAAUUCCUCUUCUGGAAAAAUACCUGGCUGAACGCAAGGUUCAAGAUAAAUUAGCAUGGAAACAGCAAGAAGAAGAGCGAAUUGCCCAACUUCAAGAAGAACGCAAAGUAGCAAUGCUUCACCGCGAUCGUCUGAUGCGGAUGCGAAACGACAAAGAAAAGUUCAUUGACAACCUGAAAUCAGCACGAAAGAAUAUAUUUAAAGAAAAGUUAACCGAAUUCGAAUCCAUGUAUGACGCUGUGAGAACCGAACGUCUCAAACAACGCAAAGAACAGCGAAGAGAGCAACGUCGUAUACAGUGGGUUAAAGAGAGGGAAGAAGCGGAACAAAGGAAACGCGACGAAGAAUUGAAGAGGCAGAGAGAAGAAGCAGAACGCAUUGAGCAAGAACGUCGUCAAGCAGAACUUGAUGAACUCCGUAAACGGCGUGAAGCUGCUGACCAAGUUUUACUGAAGCAAAGAGAACGCGAAAGAGAAAUCGAGGAGAAGCAAAAGCGACGAGAAGAGGAGGAACGGGAACGAGACCGCGAAGCCCGUGAAAAAGAGAGAGAGAACGUGAAUCCUUCCAUGAAAGAGCGUCCCGCCGAAUCUAGUUGGCGAAGAGGUCCUCCCGAAAACGUCGAAAGCCGACAGGCGGAGCCAUACAGACCACCUAAAGAAACUAAAUGGCGCAACAAUCGAAGUGAGAAAUAUUCUUCCCGUCCGGAAGCUGACGACAUUGAACGUCGUGAUGACAGAGAUCGUCGUGAAGUGGAUGAUCGUCGUGAACCAGAGCCUCGCCGUGAACCAGAGCCUCGCCGUGAACGCGAUGAUCGUCGUGAACCCGAGCCAUCAAGCUGGAGGACUGCUAAAGACGUGGAACGUCCUCGUGAACAACGACCUGAACGGGGUGGUCGGGAUUUUGCUGCUCUCAGGGAUCCUACAAGAAAGAAUAUCGAAUUGGAUCGUCCAUCUCAAUUCCGCGAUGACGAAAAAUUCCGCCGUGAUGAUCGAGAGAUUCGCCGUGACGAUCGAGACAUACGUCGCGAUGAUCGUGAGUUUCGUCGUGAUGAUCGUGAAAUCCGUCGUGAUGAUCGAGAGAUUCGUCGUGACGAUCGGGAGAUACGUCGUGCAGCUCCACCGUCUGCCUCACGGGAUGGUGAAUCGAACUGGCGAUCUGCACGUGGCCCUGUAGAACGUCCUGCGGAGCGAGGUGGAGAUAGGGAGCAAAUGUAUCGUCAACCGCGAUCCGAACGUGAGGACGUCGGAGUGCGUCCUGCUCGUUCAGGUGCUGAUCGCGAAGAGCGCGAGCGACCCGACUUUCGUUUUGGCGAUCGGGAACGGGAAAAACCCAAGAUUGAACGAAAAGAAAUUGAUGCCGACGGAUUUACUAAAGUGAGCAGCCGACGGUAAACUUCUCGUGAAAUUUUGAUGUCUUCCUGAGGAAACUUGAAAACAAAAAUACGCAGCAGUUAAUCCAUUUUCUUUUAUGUUACAUUACAUUACCCUUUGGAAAAUAGAACUAAUCGUUAGCUUUGCCUCGGUUAUAGCAACAGACAGCCGGUUAUCGAAUACAUGGGUUUCCUCAG